AUGCGGCCGAACAACGACAGUCAGAAGCUCAUUGUCGCGGGCCUUCCCAAGUCGCUGGACAAGACGCAACUGGCUGAGCUCUUCAGUGCCUUCGGGACGGUCCUCGACGCGUCCGUCGUGCUCGACGCCGCCACGAACGCGUCGCGGGGCUUUGGCUUUGUCACGUUCAGUGGGGCAUCGGCUCUCCGCGCAGCCAUUAAAGGAAUGCACCGGAAGGUGCUCGAAGGCCGUACGCUGAACGUGCGGCAGCUCGUGCCCAAGGACGAGUUCCAGUCUGUAACCCCUGAGGUCGGCCAGCGGCCGUGCUGGUUGCUGCGCAAAGGCAGGUGCAAAAUGGGCGCCAACUGCCUCUUUUCGCACGACGUGCAGGACGGAGACUGCGGCAGCUGCUUUGAGUUUGUGCAGACGGGCGCGUGCAGACGCGGAGACAAGUGCAAGUUCGCGCACGUAGAGGCCGUCGCGAAGGACGGACUGGAGGUACAGAAGGACAGCGCGGGCCCGACGACGCGCGUGUGCUACAGCUUCCAGAACGGACGCUGCCAUCGCGGCAAAAAGUGUCUCUAUGUACAUGAGAAGCUCGAGAAGGAGGACGUGACGAGGGCUGUUGCAACAACGGCAAAGACGGUCGAGGAGACGAACCGAAGACGACAGAAGAGUGACAGUGUCCUGGACGGGUUAGCGGGGAAGAAGGCGACGAUCCAGCAGCAACAGGACGUGACCUGCACACCACUAGCGGAGAAGAAUGUUGAUGCGACGAGAGCAACUGCCGAAAAGGAGGCGCCGAUUGUGUCAGGCCCAGCAGUGCACGGCAACAAGUUUAGGCAGUUGCAGAAAGCGAACGCACGGACCCAGCAGCAAGAGCGGGUGAAGAAAGCUGCGAGGCCAAAGGUCUUUGAGUGGAAGGCAAAGGUGACGAGGGCUAGGACAGAACCCGACGGUGAGGCGGAACAGGACCGCGGCCUGCACGUCAUGGCACCGGAGCGACCGGUGAAAAAAGUAAAGCGGGAAAAGAUUGACAUGGGCGCUGCGUUUGAUGGCGUGUCGGACGACGAGAACGAUCGCAGCAGGAAGACGAACGUGGACAAGCAAACGCUGCGCGCGAACCGCGACAAAUUGACGCAGGAGCGGCGUCUGAAGCGGAGCGCGAAGAAGAAUGCGCUGUCCAAGUUGCAGACCGAAGGCGAAGUCGUGCUGAGUGUUUGA